CAUCCCGCAUCGCCGUCCCGAAUACCGCCAAUAACGCCGCUAUUCGCCAGAAGUAGCAUCCGGGACUAACAGCAUGGCAGACUACCUACUUCUCGAGUCCCCUGUGGGCUACAGCAUUUUUGCCGUGAAAAUGCAGGCAGAUGCGAUCGGCAGCCGGCUCAAGGAAGUGCAGGAGAGUGCACAGGACCUUGCGAAGUUCGGAAAAAUGGUCGAGCUUGUCAGUUUUGCGCCUUUCCACGGAGCCCAAGAAGCGCUGCAGGAUGCGAACGAUAUCAGCGAGGGAAUCAUGAGCGACUUUUUGCGCUCGGUCAUUGAGGCAAACUUGCCAAAGACGAAGAAGAAGAAGACUGUGCUGGGAGUCUGCGAGCGCAACUUGGCUGGGUCGAUCAAGGCUGGAUUCCCAUAUAUCGAGUGCGAAACUAGCGAGACGAGCGAGGUGGUUGCGGACCUUCUCCGCGGAUUGCGCACGCAUCAGUCAAAGCUGCUCAAGGGCCUGCAAUCCGGGGAUGUUGAGAGAGCGCAACUUGGUCUUGGACAUGCGUAUUCCCGCGGAAAGGUGAAGUUCUCGAUCCAGAAGAACGACAACCACAUCAUACAAGCAAUUGCCACACUCGACAACCUCGACAAGGCCGUCAACCUGUUCUCAAUGCGCGCACGCGAGAUGUACAGUUGGCAUUUCCCCGAACUCAACAAGCACGUCUCGGAUAACCAGACCUUCGCCGCCUGUGUCGUCUUCAUCGGCAACAAGAGCUCUCUGGGUGACGACAGCCUUCAUGAUCUUGCGGCUAUUGUCAACGACGACGAGAGCGUUGCUCAAGGCAUCAUCGACGCUGCUCGUGUCAGCAUGGGACGUGAUCUCUCCGAAACCGACAUGGCCAAUAUUCUCCAAUUUGCUGAGCGAUGCGUUGCGCUCGCUGCGUAUCGCAAGUCUCUGACCCACUAUCUGAGCUCCAAGAUGAACGUCGUCGCACCCAAUCUCGCUGCCCUCAUCGGCGACACUGUUGGCGCGCGUUUGAUCUCCAAGGCCGGCAGCUUGACCAACCUCAGCAAAUACCCUGCCAGCACUCUCCAGAUCCUCGGCGCUGAGAAGGCUCUUUUCCGUGCGUUGAAGACGAAGGGCAACACCCCUAAAUACGGUCUCAUCUAUCACUCCGCAUUCAUCGGCCGAGCGGGCACCAAGAACAAGGGCCGAAUCUCCCGUUUCCUCGCUAACAAAUGUUCCAUCGCCUCCCGUAUCGACAACUUCAGUGACGAGCCGACUUCCAAGUUCGGCGAAGCUCUCCGCAAGCAGGUCGAAGAGCGCAUCGAUUUCUACGCCACAGGAACCGCGCCAACGAAGAACGAGACCGCUAUGCGCGCUGCUAUGGAUGCCGUCCUCGGCGACAUCCAGAUUGCUGACCCGACAGCCGGCGGAGCUGAGGACGUCGAGAUGGCGGAUGGUGUCACGAGCCAAGCGGUUGAACAGAAGCUCCGGAAGAAGGAAAAGAAGGAUAAGAAGUCCAAGAAGAAGGCAGAGCCGGAGACGACAACCUCCGAGACGCUUGCAGCCGAGUCUCCAGAGAAGACUAAGAAGAAGGAAAAGAAGCGGAAGCACGCUGAAGAGGAGGAUGGCGCGAGCAAGAAGACGAAAAAGUCUAAAAGCAAGGCGUAGGGUCGGUUUUCCGCACGUUUCUCUGUUCUCGUCUCUCUUUCGUCAUCCCGGGAACACGGUGUUUCUGUCUAAAAGGUCUCAUGGCGGAGCAUUCGGCGUUGUAGGAUGGCUUCUUCAGGCUCUGUGUACUGGGGGCAACCUUCCAAGGUCUUCUGUGUGGUUCGUGCAUGUGGAGGCAUGCUUCUCGAUGAGUUAGGUUAUGUAGCUGUAUGAAAAACAGCUUUGAAAUUCAUCUGUGUGGGUCU